AAUCUCCAGGGACCCGGACUAUGAACGAGAAUAAAGUAAAAAUUUAAGGUAAAAACAAGCUGCAUUGAAACGGAGCAAAACUGGACUCGUUUUUGGUCCACACACACUUUUUUUUGUAUUUACAAAUGAAAGUCCACGAGGACUCCAAAAGGACACUUCAAAACCAACAGACUUCUAUCUCCGCAAGAAUCCAAGCAAAGACAACACGGUUUCCAGACGACAAAUUUCUCUUGAAAUUGUGAGACAACAUUUGAUCGAGGGAGAAUGCUUCUCCAUCUCUUUGUGCUUUUGCUCUCACUGGAGGGAAUUCUGAGCACCGAAGUGUCUGUUCAGUGGGCCGGGAACAGCAGCGAACCCGAUGCCGUCCGAGCUCGACAGCAGGAGAUCAUUGAAGUCACAAAAAAGCUACUGACGGCCAUCACCACGGCAGACUACGACUCUUACAAGGAAAUGAGCGAUCCGGGUCUCACGAGCUUCGAGCCCGAAAGCCUCGGCGUCCUGGUGCGCAGCAUGGAAUUCCAUCGCUUCUUACUGGAGAAUGCACGAGCCCUCGGUUUGCGUCACACGAUCAUGAUCGACCCUUACGUGCACAUGAUGGGCGAUGACGCGGCCUGCAUCGCGUACGUGCGCCUCACCCAGGCCCUCGGGAGCGACCUGGCUGCUAUCCACACCAAGGUGGAGGAGACUCGCAUUUGGCAUCGGCGCAACGGCACCUGGCGCCACAUUCACUUCCAUAGAAGCAGGCCCAUCACAUUGCACUCAAAGUAACACCCACAACAAGCAAAGGCGACUUCUUACCAAAGUCACCAAAUGAAAAUUGCAAAGAAAAUGUAGAAUCCAAGAAAAUGAAUUCCUUUUUAAAAAUUA